UUCUUCCAGUCGGUCCUUGCGCGUUCCCGCCGUCGGACGUCUCUCUCCAUGCGUGUGUAUGUUUGGAGGGGUGUGCGCCGGGAGGUCACGUGAUCCGACGGACGGAUGUCCAGCGGCGGCGGCGGGGGGCCAGCGGCGCGCUACACGUGAGCGACGACCCUCGUAGUCGGCCGAACCCCAUCGUGGUGGUGCAGUGUGCCCGGUCUUGGAUUUCGCGCACGCGGGUUCCUCCCUGCGAGGUAUUCGGGGAAUUGCGUGCGCGGCGGUGUGUCGGCCGCGGCUCCUCUGACACCGGCAGACAGAUGGACUUCGUGGUACUCCGAGUGAACGGCCAGGACCUUUCUAGCGCGUCCCACGAGGAGGCGGUGGCGGCGUUCCUGGCCGCCUCGGAGCCCAUCGUGGUCGAGGUCCUGCGGAGGGAGCCCCGGGAAGUCAGGGCACGGACGAGCGCCGACGCCUCGGCCCAGACCGACGGAUGGUGGACGCCGCCGUGGGCAGACGCCUGCCGAGGGGGCUUUCCGCCAGCGUCGAACUGCAGCCAGCCGCAGCAGGAGGACCAGGAUGAGGACGACGGCUGUGACAUCGAGUACGAGGAAGUUACCUUACAACGAAACGGUGCGGAGAAACUUGGCCUCACUCUCUGCUACGGAGAUCCUGACGAGCAAGAGACAGAGAUCUACAUCGGAGAAAUUGAUUCUCGAAGCGUUGCUGCCAGGGACGGCAGGCUACAAGAGGGAGACCAGAUUCUGCAGGUGAACGGGGCGGACGUCGUGGGCAGGGACCAGGCCAUCGCGCUCUUCUCCGAACAGAGGUCUCAGUUCACGCUGCUCGUAGCCAGGACCCAUGCUUUGGAGGAGGACGACGAGGAGCCGCAGAGGCCCCACGGGUUCCCCGAAGAAGCGUCCGAGGCCGAGGUCUCGGAGCCUCCCCCGGACCGAGACUUGGAGCUCAGCGUGCUGGCGCACGAGUUCGAGCGCGUGUCCCUGCUCCGCAGCGACAAGUGGCUGCCGGCAGCCAAGUGGGGCGACCCGUCGGGUGACAGCGGGUCCAGCGCCUACCACACGGGCGGGUCGUCGUCCCCGCCGACCCUGGAGCUUGGCAGGCACUCGGGCUCGCUGCUGUCCCUGGCGCCCAGCCAGCACAGGGAGACCGGCGGACAGGUUGCCACCGCUGCGCCCAGGCAGGACAAGAACACUCAGGUGCGCGACGUGGCAAGCCAGCGGAGCUGCGACUCGUGCCGCUGCCAGAUGCCCAACGGCGCACCGCGGCGACUCCCCAAGACCGUGAGCGAGCCGGCGUGCGUACGCUCGGUGGGAUACGCCUCGCCCACCAUGUACACCAACGGAGCGCACCUGGAGCACACCAUGUGGCUGCAGCAGAGCCUGCUCCGGGAGGCCCUGUGCCCGGCCAAGGACCGGGAGGCCCCGCUCCAGUGGAAAGUCAAGAGGCGCUCCGACGGGAGCCGUUACAUCACCCGGGGCCCCGCCCGGACGCGCCUGCUCCGGGAGCGAGAGCGCAGGAUCCUCGAGGAACGCGCCGCCCUGACCACGGACGACGACAACCACUCAGAGCUCAAGACCGGGCGCUACUGGCCCCGCGGGGAACGCAAGAGGCACCUGGAGCGGGCCAGGGACCGGAAGAGGAGGGAGGCCUCACUGAGGACGGCCACCGUGGGUGAGGACAGGUCCAGGAAGAAGAGGGAAGAUGUCAAGCCUGCUGCGGGACUGCUGGCGGUCACCACUGUCUGAAGCGUUUCGGAGACGGUUCGAGAAAACGAACUGCUCGUGAACGAGAAACUGCUGUGCCCCUAGUCGCAUGCUUACUGUUAGUCCGGUUUUUACGACUCCACUGUCUGGGUGGUCACUAUUUGCGAUAGUUUUGCUGGACGACGUGUUCCAGUGAUUUCAUAAUAUAUAUGCCACCAGGUCGCCAUCAAGGUGUUGAGUGAUCAGCUUGCUUAUCAUGUACGGUCUACCCACCUAGCACCAUAUCGAGUAAUCAAAGCCCGAGCCCUGACAUUUCGACGCCAUCACAGUAAGGAAGAGCGCAGACACAAAUUGGCCACGACAAUUGAUUCCUGAAUCAGUGUUCGGCUGGCCCUUGUGUCAAGUCAAUUGAUCAAAAGACGUUCGGAGUUGGGCUGGCUCGGAACUGCUCAGUUGACACCAUCCAAGUUCGAUUAUGUGACGCAGGUGUAGAAGAGGCUGUUCACAGGCUUUGAUUAUUCUAGGUGAUGUUGAUCCACCCUAUUGCAGUUAAGAAAAAAACACUGAUAUGAACUUUUGUUUUUCAGUUGUGUCGAUACUGUUCCCCAUCAAGGAUAGGCUUUGCAGCGUGAAAUACAAACAUUACAGAAGUCCGAGACCUAGAAACAUAUAAAAAAAGACGCAACAAAUUUAAAUUUGCUUCAGUGCUGCUUUAAAGAGGAACCCUACCUGCGUUUUCAGCUGCCUAAGCCAAAAGUAUUUUCUCAAAACUGUGUCUUAUUCUUGAACGCUGUUUAUUUUCACGGACUUUACUUUCAUUACCAGCAGAAAUGGUCAGUUAGUGCGAUACUUAAAUAAAUUUUGCGACACGCAUUGUGGCUUUUAGUUUUCACCCUUUCUUUCUAGCGACCCACGAAUGGGCUUGACUGCUAGUCCGCUAGCUCACUCGCAAUCAAAUGUUUCCAUGCGAAUCGAACUUUCAGAGACAGUUCGGAAAAAGUAAAUGUGCUCUCGCAUGUCUUUAUCCAGCGACCGGCGACCGUGCUGAAUGCACGAGUGCCAAGAGCUUUCACUUCAGUGACUUCCGCCAGUGACAUGAACAGCCGCGUACAAAUGUCAGAGUUGCCUAGGUCGUGCUCUCAAAUUUACCCGGAUGAUGGCAUCAGAAAAUUCUGCCACUCCGCGUUUUGUUUACUGAAAGAAUUUAGCGCGACGUUAAAAAAUGCAUAUCAAAUUGGUGAGCUACAUUUUAUCCAGUCAAAGGCUAUCAAAAUCUGCGGAAUCGCCCCUUUUUAGCUACUCGAAGAACAAAGCAUCCCCUCUGUGGUCUCUUUCCUCAUUCACAAUACGGAAGGAGCCGAUCAAUUUAGCUCUAUCUUAAACCUCAUUACUCACAUAUAAAACCGUCGAAGGCGGUAGAGUAGUAGACAGUGUCUGCUUUCUCGACCUUGAAGAAAAGGUUCCGUUGGUUUUUGAGAAAUGGACUGCGUGGGAGACCGUACAUGAUACGACAGCUGGCUCAGCCUUGUCCAACAGCAUCCUCUUGGGUGCUGCUUACAUACACUUUGCGCCUCAUCUGUGUUCUGACCACAGGGAAAAUUAAAUGGUAGUUCUUUCCCAGAUAAAAAGAUUUGGGGCACUCAAAACAAGGUACAGUUGAGCUUACGUUGUGUUGUUCCCCUUCUUUUUAAUACCUCGUAUCCAGGUGAUGUUAUUUCCGUUGUAUGAAGUGUACAGUUCUCGUGUAAAUAUCGGCAUUUCCUUCUCGAAUUUAACGGUGCUCUUCGAACAUUUGUACAAAUAAACUGCCUUUGGAUGUUCCAA